UUUUAUAGAUACAUUGGAAACCGAAAGAUGAGAAGUCUUGGAAAUCAGUGCCCUGACACAAUUUCCAUGCAUACAUAACCACAAAUAUAACGCCAUGUAUGAUUAGGUGGCACUUUCUUUUUGCAUGACAAGCAACCUCAUCACAAGAGUUACAAAAGAGAAGAGAAUACACUCUAUUCUUCAUUGGGGUUGCAUCAACCUUGAUUGAUAAAGCAUCUUUUAUCUAGAAAAAGAAAGAAAGAGAGAUGGGUUACAGCAAAGGGUUGCAUCACAAUGGAGUGAGUCAGAAAGGAAGGCCUUAUUUGUUGAUAUUGCUCAUGACAUUUGGGGUUGCACUUUUUGGUGUUAUGGUGCUUCAUAGGUUUAGAGAGAAACGCAUUUUCAAUCUUCUUGUCAAACAGAAAGAUCAUCAGCUUAUUACCCUUCAACUUCUCUUGGAGAAGGAAAAAGAUCGCGCCAAAGAGUUGAGCAGGAAGAACCAAGAGACAAAGGCAAAAAUAUACACCCUCAGCAGUCAAAAGAUGGAGCUUGCUAGAACAAUUGCUGAGAUGAAAUCUACCAUGAAUUCACUUAAAGAUGAGCAGAAACUAAUAGAAUCGGCGUUCAUGGAGCAGCAGCAUGAGCUCAGAAUGAUGCAGGAAAGAGGGAGCAAUUUGGAACAGAGAGGAUUUGAAAGGAUAGCAUCAACAGAGAAUCUUAAGAAAAAGGAAGCAGAGAAACAAGAACCGAAGCACCGUUUAGAUACCCUAGUUAAGACCAGCAGGGAAAGCAUUGAACAUCCAACAACCAUCUUUGAUCAAAUUUUGGCAGCGAAUGCAACAACGGAGAAUGCAACAACGGAAGCACAGGGUAAAACUCAGAAUGAUAAACAGGAAAAAGAUGAAAAAUCCAAAAAUGGAGGUGAUGAAGAUAGAAGCAAAUUAACUGAGUUCAAAGAUGACAACCCUGAAGAAGAAAUUAAGACUAAUGGAGAGCGAGAAAAGAAAAAUCACAACGCUGAAGAUGAUGGUACCACUGCAAAGGACAAUGAUGCUGAAGUGCUGGAGGAUAAGAAAGCAGUCAUAGAAGAGCAUCAAAGAAAACUUGAGAUGAACACGGAUGGUGAAAGACGAGAUUUCAAUGCAAAGCAAUUGUCUGGAGAGAAGAGGAAACGCGGCCAUUUAAGUAGUAAAACAAAAAGGAAGCACAAGAGAACCAUCGUCGAGAAUAAGUUAAUGGAGAAUAAUGGGACUUCUGAAAGCCAUGGAGAGGUAAACAUGAGCAACAGAAAGGUUUACAGAGAGGAUAACAAUGGAACAGACUCUGACGAGGAAAGGGACGGCAAUAGCCAAAGAGAAACUGAAUCACAGGCAAAAUUGUUGAAGAAUGAAAACAGUGAAGAUGACAGCAAUAACCAACGAGAAGCCGAAUCACAGGCGAAAUUGUUGAAGCCUGAGAACCAUGAAAACAGUGAAGAUGACAGCAACACAACAGUGGAUAAGACUAAUCAGCAGGUGACAGACAAUGGAAUCAAUAAUCACAAAGAAGAGCAUGAAGAUGGUACUGUCCAACAAAACUUGAGCAGGAGGCGUAUUAAUAAUGCUGAACAACAGAAAUCCAAUCUGUUCGAUGAAAAGUCUAAAGAAUUUGAAGUUUCGGAUUUGAAUAAGCAAGACAAAGAUGCAGAGAAUGAUGGUGAGGAGGAUGAUACCGACAAUUUCCUCAACGAAUCCCAACAGGAUUUUGAAGAUGAAAGUGAGAAAGAAGAGUACAGGGAGGAAAUAGACGAAUCAGAGUUCCAGAAUGGUUUGUAAUUAAACCGGAUUUAGAAUGUCCAUCUAAAAUAGUACUCAUGGUGUGUGCGUUUACUGAGUUUGAAAAUAUUUUAAAUUACAGACUAUUAGAGUCUACCAAUAUCAUCUUAGGAAUAGAAUGUGAGUGAAUUUUCAUCUCAUUUUUUUAUAUUUGUGUUUUAGUAUUAUCAGACAUUUUGUUCACAUUAAAGACUGAUAUAUUGAUCGACCCAAACUUUGCAACAUUGCGCAAAUUACAGUAACUCCUGACAUAGGUCUGAAUGUCAUAGGUAUAAAUGUCACAGACACUCAAGCUAGUUUAAAAUAACACUGAAAGAUUACCAUUGGUAAGGCCUUUUAAUUUGAUUUAUUUUGAAA